CGCACUGUCUCGUGCAUUAUCUGUAUUAUCCUGUAUGUCUACUUUUCUCAAGAAAAGGUCAAGUAGUUGCCGUAUGUUUACAAUAUAUAAAAACCAGUUUUCGGCCACACACGUACACUUACUACACUUCCACUAGAUUUAUUUUGUGAGAAUACGUCAACGAUUGAGUAUUAAAAUUUAUUGCAUAAUGCAUCCUUUAACAAGACAAGUAUUUCGGAGUUUAAAAAAAUUAGGAGCUAGAAAUGUUACCCUAACUGCAUCUACUAGUCAGCAGGCACAUCAUGUAGAGCUCAGUGAGGGCAACGGUAGAUUACCCUUAACUGUUUUGACUGAAGAUGAAGCCAUGAUGAAAGAGACAGUUUCAAAGCUGGCUAAAGAGCAAAUCGGUCCUUAUGUGCGGCAAAUGGAGAGUGAAGGAAAAGUUACAGACUCUGUAUUAAAAACUUUAUUUGAAAAUGGGAGAGAAAACCCUCCUACCCUCAGUAGAAGUGCUAGUGACGAUAAGUCAGACGACUACAUGAACGCAGACGACAACACCCACACCAACACUAACGAUAGUGUAACUAAACCCUCCGAGGGGGUGUAUCCCUCGGAUCCCAUGGGAAACCCCAACCAACCGGUAAAUAAACAACUUCCGGCCAGAAACAGCACCCCAUCCGGACCGAGUGACCCCAUGCCAAACUUCCAGUCCGCCUAUACGGCUGAAUCAAAACACCUCACAAAAAUCACCAUAAAAAGUAUCGAAAUGCCUACAGGAACGAGGGCUAGAGUUCUGGAUUUUGGCCCUGGCACCGUUUUGCACACGGUCCGAAUCAGCCAAGGUAACACUGGAGCCAUACCAAAAAUUUUUCGAUCCAGAAUAAAAAGUUUGGAGAAUAUUAAAAUUAAUAAUUACGCAGACAUUCCCAUUACGGUGCAGCAGACAAUUCACAAUUUUAACACGGGAGAAUACACCUCAGAGGAGGAACAGGGUGCAUGGGGCCCUAACCCAAUGGGAAAUUGGCUGUUACCUACUUCACCCAACAGUACAUGGAAUUUAUGGGACAAUUCGUUACCCCAAAGCAUGGAUAUCGAUAAACCCCCAAGCCAGACGAGUCAAAACGAGCUGCUUUUUGAGACACCGAGGAAAUUCAGCUCCAACUUCCAACGAUUAAUAAGGGAGAAAUCAAAACUUACCCUUACCACCACAAGCAACAAGUUUAAGCCUCUCACAGACGAUUCAGAUUUAGACGAUGAAAUCGGUAAAAUCGUGAAGAGGAAGCGUAAGAAUACGCCCAAAGAUGCCAUCCCUAACAACAAAGCCACUGAAAAGCAAGCCACAAAUGUACCCGCCCCAGUACAAACCAAAAAAAUGCCCCCUGCCAGAGCAACACAGGCCAACAACACCAAAAAAAGCUCGAUGUCCCCUAUCGUGGUAGACGGCAAAACUGUAAACCAGUCAGCGCUCAUUCAAGAUUUAAAAGCCAAAAUAAAGGGAGGAUUUAGUGUGAAGCACACAAAUAAUUCAACAAUACUCUUCGUUGGCGACAAAGAAGACCACUUACGUGUGCUACAAAGUGUCAAAGAUGAAAACAUCGCUCAUCACACUUACACAAAUAACGACGAUAAGUCCCACGCCUUUGUCUUGAGAGGCUUAGCUGACGGCGCCAAAACGCAGGAUAUCGAGGACGACCUAGUGGCAGAAUACGACAAAGAUAAGAAACAUAUUCCGUAUGAACACUAA